AUGGGAGCUCAUAAUUCUACUUCGCAAACUGUGCGCAUAGAAAAUCCACAACGUGGUUUAGCAAUACAAGUUACACCUUCAGUGGUCUCGCGACUGGAAAGUAAUACAGAAAGUGACAAAUAUGUAGAAAGCCAACAAGAAAAACAACAAACGAAUUUUUCGUACGGUUCAGUACAAGAAAUGCCCCACAAUUGGACACAGGCCCAAGAUGUAUUUCAAAGGAAAUAUAAUGAAUUAGAGGAAUAUCAAUUUGACAAAUCUGUGGAGAAAGUUGAAACGAUGAUUGGAAAACCAUUGGCAUGGGUGGACGAUGUUAAUGAAACUAUUGCAGACUUGAGGCAAGAUUUAAUAAAAUGUUACCGAGACAAUCCAGAACAAUCGUUUUGCUGUGCAGAUGUUGCAAAAAAAUAUCAGGAUUUUAUUUUCCGAGAACAAUUUAAAACUAUUCUGAAAUCGAAUGAAAUAAGCAAAUAA